AUGGCUGGGAUGGGUACGAGGGAUGCGGAUGGGAGUGGUGAUGAAAGGCAAACGGAUAGGGAGGGAUAUUCAAGGUCGCGUGGGAUUCGGACGGAUAUCAAUGCGAAGACGAAUGCGAAUCGUUCGACGGAUACCUUACAAUUGAGAUUGGAUACGCAGGAUACGAAUACUUUGAAUGCGAAUACUGAGGUGCGAGAGGGAGAGAAUAUAUAUACAGCUGCGCAGAGUGCGAAUCCAGGGACGAAGAUUGAUAGUGGAAGUGGGACUACGAGCCCAUGUGAAAUUUCUAGCGGCAGAGGAAGUCAAAGGGUUAAAGAGGGAAAGAGACAGAGGAUUGAUAGUAUCUUGGAAGAGGCUAGGUGUAGGAAGGUUAUGAUGGAUAAUGGUAAUGGUAAUGAGGAUGAGUGUUCAAGCUCUGCAAAGGGAGGAAAUAACAAUGAGAGCCAGAGUCAGACUUCUGACAGAAGAGGAUAUGCGACAGGGAAUGGAAAUGGAAAUGGAAAUGGAACUGAACCUAAAAAUGGCAGAGAAAGUAGAGGCGAAAGUAGCGCCGAUGAAGAAACGAGUGUAUUGCGACGAAGAUCAGAUAUAAAUUAUGGAGGUGUUGGUAUCGGAAUUGGAAUCGCUACAUCCAUUACCGCGGAUACGAAUCAUGGAAACAAUAGUAUGAAAAGAAAACCUGGAACAAACGAUUCAAAUAAGAGAGGAGGAUUAUUAGGAACAGGAAGGGGACGAGUAUUCUCAGGGACCGAAACUGAGAGAGAAGCAAAUAAUGAUAGACGGGUGAAUAGCGAUAAUAUUGGAGAAAGCGAACAUAGAAGAAAGGAAAGAGGAAAGAUAGGAAAAUGGUGGAAGAGAAUGAUGGAGGAAUAUGGAAGUAUUGAAUUGGAGAAUAAGGGGAGUGUUGCGAGAGAUCAUUUGGCACUUGAAAGGACUUUUUUGGCUUGGUUGAGAACUUCCCUCGCUUUUGCUAGUAUUGGGAUUGCUAUUACUCAACUUUUCCGCCUCAACACCUCUUCCUCCUCCACCCACCACCCAUCCGACCCCUCAGAUCCCAAAAACCAUCUCCGUCACCUCGGCAAACCUCUCGGUGCAACUUUCGUCGGUAUAUCUAUUUUGAUGCUCUCAGUUGGUUUUCAUCGAUAUUUCGAAGGCCAAUUCUAUAUUAUUAGGGGAAAGUUUCCGGCUAGUAGGGGGAGUAUUGCUCUUGUGGCGCUUAUUACGGGUUUGUUGAUGGUGACUAGUUUGGUGGUUGUGGUAGUGGGGAAUAGGGGGGGUUGGGAGAGGUAG